AUGAACGCUUUUCCGGAAGAACCGGGACUGAGAAGAGGGACGGAGGUGGCAACCCUUUGCUUCUCCCUCGCCUCCACUCCUGUUACUCGUUUUACAGCGCAGGCGCACCUGCGGGGCCGCACCCUCGACACCUCGCACUUAAAGCUAAAGGAUUUGGCCGGGUCAGGGAGAUGCCUGCGGGUACUCGGGCGGCCGCUGGGGGCGCUGCGGGGCCGGGGGGGCGUGGCGCGGCGGGGCCGGGGGGCGUGGCGCGGCGGGGCCGGAGGGGCGUGGCGCGGCGCGGGCCGGGGCGGGGCUGCGCGCAGCGGUUCCUCGCGGCGGGCAGUUCAAACCGAAGGAGGGAAAGGCGGCGGCCCCAAGCGGACUUGGCGUGGGGGUUGCCAUAGCCCGGCAUCCCUGGGGGCCCUGCCGCGGCUCCUCCCCGACGCGCCCGGCUCCCCGGCUCCCAGCCCCGCCCGGGCGCCGCGCCCUCUGCCCCCAGGUGGGCGCCGGCUAACGGGCCCCCGGACGCCCCCACGCCCGCGCCCCACUGUGUUGUUUUCCAGGUGCCAGGGCCUGCUGUGCUCCAGGUGCCGCCAGCCCGGCCUGGAGAAGGUGGCCGGAGGGCGCGAGCGGAUCCUCGGCGUCCCGGUGAGACCGUUAGGCCGCCAGCCGCCGGCAGCGCCUCAGGGGCCGGGAGCGGCGGCCCCCGCUGCCUUUCCGGAAACCCGGCUGGGGAGGCUCCUCUGGAGAAAAACCCGGCUCCGGAGAGUUGUCCAGCCUGAGGGUGCUUUUGUUUUUCUUCCCUCGGAGGGCCGGGGCUGUGGCCUGAAUUUGAAAGGCAGAGGUGAGAGGUUUUCUGAUUUGGAAGGCUGCGUAGCUUUGACGUCUAAGAGCCCGAGACUUCCCGAGGAAACAGAGAUUCUGGAGAUGUCCCAAAGACACUCCGGCCAAGCCACCGCUGGAGCAGGAAAUGAGGUGGACUCUCCCACAGACAGCUUCAGGCACUCCAGCUUCAGAGACUUGUCUUCUACAUCUUCAUUUCGAGAUAGCAGCUACAAGGAGUCCUUCAAACCUUGCCACUUCGAUGACACAGAUGAAGAAUUUGGGAGGAAGAAGGAGAAAGGCCCAACAUUAAUCCAUGAGCACCCUGCACCUUCAGGCUGGGGCUUAGCCCAUCCAUCAGAGACUCCCGCUCAAAGAAAGAGAUGUAUCUUCCCUGCGAAGGAAGGGAGUGAGUCCCCAGAACUGUGUGAAACUCCCAAAGUCAGCAGGAAAAAAUGUCUGUUGCCCAGACGGUUGCAUGUAUCCUUCCCUCCCCUACAGGGGGAGUUGGAGUCACAAAGUCAUUCUCUAGAGAGUGGCAUCAGCCAAAUUCCCCACUUAGAAGACCCUGUUCCAGGCAGUGUUUCUGGUCUUCCAAGGCAGAGCAAGCAUAGCCCCCUGGCGAUCACUAGCACUUUAAAGACAGAGGAAGUGACGUCCAACAGUCAGAACCUGAGACUAGCUUUUUCUCACCAAAAGACUUCCACAGUCGAUGAUGCCAAAGAUGACUACAGCCUGUUUGAAGUGGACUGCCUAUCGCCCAUCCAGGGAAAUCAUUUUAAAGACUCUAUUUCCUACGACUUCAGCGACAGCAGUUUAAGUGUGGAUGAAAAUACUUGUCCUGAGCUGCUGGGCUCCUCCGGCAGCGGAGGCACCUGUGGGACAGAUGAGGACAUAUUUGUGACGCCAAUAAGUCAUCUUGUGGCCGGCAUUAAAUUCCACGCACGUGGCACCCUCUCCCCUUCAACGGAGGUGAGAGGGGACAUUUCAACACCCGAAGACAGCGGCUUUAACUCGCUUAGCUUGGAUAAGUCAGAAGAUUCCCUCUCUGACCAGGAGGGUUCUUUCCAGGAACUACUUCAGAAGCACAGAGGAACUCUCAAAGCAGGGGACACCGUUCGAAAGUCACGACGCCUUGGCAGGUUAAGGAGACUGUCCACCCUCCGGGAGCAAGGCUCGCAGUCGGAGACGGAGGAGGAAGGGCAGGGCGUGGGCUCCAGCUCUGAAAGAGCAGCGGCCGGGUCAGACCUCCCCGAGAGUCAGCCGUGCAGCGACCAGAGUGGGGAACUGUCAUCAAGCUUCACGGUUUUAUCCAAGACGCCAGCCUUGCAACUAGUGCACGAGCUCUUUAUGAGAAGCAAAAGGAAAAGAUUCCAGCAGAACGGUGCCCAUGAAUUCUUAGAAGAAAGGGAUGGGGGUAAAAUAGCUGUUCUGAAGUGCGUUCUUGCAGGACUGAUUGGCAAGAAAAUGGGUAUAGAAAAGCUGGACAUCUUAACAGAGUUAAAAUAUAGAAAUUUAAAGCAUAUUCUUGCUAUGGUUUUAGAUUCCUUGACUGCAGAGAGCCUAUGCAGUGUUUGGAAAGUCAGCAGAAAUUGGCGUGAAAUUAUUGUUCAAGAUAAAAAAGCAUACUGGAGGAGGAAAUUUUAUAUCACACAACUGAAAACAGGUUCUGAGGGGGCUGUGUUAAAUGUGGAGGAUGCUGCCACGCGGGCUCAUCUUUUAAAUCGCUCAGCUUUAAGAUCAGUGCAAGCACAGGCUAGGACUCCCGGUUCUCAGAAAGAACAAGUUCCAACAUUAUCUCCUUGGGGAGAAGUCUUGACACCCAUAGCAAGCUCUUCCGUUGUUCACUCCAGUAGUAAGCAGGAGGAAUAUGUUAAGGUUGCCAAAACACUUUUUAUUGACGAAGCAUUAAAACCUUGCCCACGGUGCCAGUCCCCUGCUAAGUACCAGCCGUAUAAGAAAAGGGGACUGUGUAGCCGCAUGGCCUGUGGUUUUGACUUUUGUGUGUUGUGUCUGUGUGCUUAUCAUGGGUCUGAAGAAUGUAGUAGAGGAACAACAAAGGCAAGAAAUAGAAAAGACGCUGUCCCAGGAAGUGCCCAGAGUAAGCGGAAUUUAAAACGCCUCUAAAGAGACUAAGUGGACAAGAAGCACUCCCCACGAUGCAUUUCUCACUUGAAAUUAUGACUAUUUUAAACACAUGCCAAUCUUCCCAUUAAUAACAGAUGAUGAUUUACUUCCUGUCUUGUAUAUAUUCUAA